AUAUAAAAAUUAAGAGAAAAAAGGAACGAAAAUACUACAACAAAGGGACGUCCUGCAUUUGCUCUCAAACAAAAUCUACCCAAAUGUCGACUCCGGCGGAACCUGCAAAUGAGGGGAUUGAAGCACUUCCCCAGUCAACAGCUCCCACACCAAUCUCCACAACCAAACCUUCAGACAUAAAAACAGUACAAGUUAGCAACAUCUCGCAAGCCAUUACUGACAGGGAUAUCAAGGAGUUCUGUUCAUUUUCUGGAGACAUUCAAUAUGUUGAAAUGCAACGGGAAACGGAAAAUACACAGCUCGCCUACGUUACCUUCAAGGAAUCGCAAGGGGCAGAUACAGCAGUUCUUCUGUCGGGAGCCACCGUAGCUGAUCUUGCUGUCACCAUUAGACCCGCCAAGGAUUACAAGCUGCCUCCUGAAGCUAUUCCGCUCCCAUCAAGCCCGGAGAAGAAGCCGGUUGCUGCUAGUUCUGCUGUAAAGAAGGCAGAAGAUGUGGCCAGCGCUAUGCUCGCCAAGGGAUACAUCUUAGGAAAGGAUGCCAUUAACAAGGCGAAAGAGUUUGAUGAGAGGCAUAAGUUGACGUCAAAUGCCUCUGCCACAGUUGUUUCGAUUAACCAGAAGAUGGGGCUGACGGAGAAGCUAAGUGCCGGAACAGCUGUUGUAAGCGAAAAGGUGAAAGAAAUGGAUCAAAGGUUCAUGGUAUCUGAAAAGACAAAGUCCGCCUUUGCUGUUGCUGAGCAGAAGGCAAGCAGCGCCGGAUCUGCUAUCAUGAGCAACCCUUAUGUGUUGACCGGGGCUUCUUGGGUUUCAAACGCACUCAGCGCAGUUGCAAAGGUGGCUGAUGAUGUGGGCAUGAUGACCAACGAGAAGGUGGAGAGGGCCGAGGAGGAAAAAAAGGAGAUCAUGGACAGGCAGAGGACAGAGGUCAUCACUGACUUUGCCCAGACCCAACUCGAUAAGUCUUCUGGUCCCAAGCCUCCUCUUCCGGUCAGUUCUCCCGAUGACAUGAAGGCUGGAGUUAAAUGACCGGUGUGUACAGAUAUGAAGUAUUUUUCGGUUUUCCCUGUAUCUAUGGUUUCAUACAAGGAUUCUGUUGUAAAGUAAAAAAAACCUUGUUCAGUAGGGAAUGUAGUAGUCGUUGAUAUGAUAAAUCUGCAAAGUUCCACGUAAGAGUUUUAAGUGAAUUCAGGAAGGCAGAAAGUUUAAGCAUCUGGUGUCAUGAAAUCGAAGAAAGCCAGGCCAGUAUUUUGGAAAUGCCGAUCAACCCGACCAUAUAAACCUUCAAACUUUACGCA